UUGUUCUCUCUCUCUUUUUUUCUCUCUCUCUCUCUCUCCCUUUCCUCUCCUCUCCUCUCCUCAACAUCCUCUCCUCAUCCACUCCAACACCACUCCCUGUCCACCAAUCCUCAUCCUCCCUAUUCCCAUCUUCAGUCUUUUUUUUUCUUCACCUACCACAUUCAUCACUACAAUGGCUCCCCCUAAGGUCGCAGAGAAGGCUCCCGCCACCGCUGGCAAGGCUCCAGCAAAGUCCACAGCCGAGAAGAAGGACCGCAAGGGCAAGUCUGAGGGCAGCAAGGGCCGCAAGAAGGCCCGUUCCGAGACCUACUCAUCCUAUGUCUACAAGGUUCUCAAGCAGGUCCACCCUGACACCGGUAUCUCGAACAAGGCCAUGUCAAUUCUGAACUCGUUCGUCAACGAUAUCUUUGAGCGCAUUGCUGGCGAGGCCUCCAAGCUCGCUGCCUAUAACAAGCGCUCGACAAUCUCGUCCCGCGAAAUCCAGACCGCUGUCCGCCUGAUCCUUCCCGGUGAGCUCGCCAAGCACGCCGUCUCUGAGGGCACCAAGGCUGUCACCAAGUACACCUCGUCCAAGUAAACUUCCUCCCUCCACCCGAAGAAGGGAGACCGGGAACGGAAAGCCGCAGGAGACAAGGAGAAACCAAUGGACAGUGUGCGAUAACGACCCGACCUCAGGACGCGUCAUCAAAAAAAAAAACCAAAAAAAUAUCGGCCAUGGAUCGGGACCCGACUUUUUUUUCGACCACCUUUUGCGAACUUUUUUUUUUACCACUCGACGCGUGCUGUGAUUUGGAUUCGAAAUCAGAAAAAAAAACUUUUUCAUUCAUCCGUCAAGGACGUGUCGCGUAUUGUUUACUUUUUCGACCUUGGACCUCAACUCGAUCCUUCCUUGGCCUUCCAUGAUCACCAUUGUACAUCACCAUCCAAACCCAACUUUGCCUUUCAUCCAAUGUAAUAAAUCUGAUCUCGAAUUGCAACUCGUUUGAUGCAAGUGAUGAUGAACGCG